AUGUCUUGCUUGCGAGCGGCCCUUCACCCGUUACUGAUGCUAUCGGCGUUUUGUCUUCAUGGCGCCCUUUCUCAGCCACGCGCCUUCAGUAAGGGAGGGCUGACGGCGGAUUUUAGCCAGUACGCCGACCGCUGGACGCUGAGCCGAACUGGGUGUACCUGUCAGUUCGACUUCACUCGCAGGGACUGCGCCUGUUGUAUUGUGGGCGGGGCCCAGUGUCCGAUCGGCUCUCAUAAUGUCUGUGUCAAGUGUGGACAGGAGUAUACAUGCGGCAUACCGCACCCAGUCAUCAAGGACCGCGUGGUGAAUGGUUGGACGGGGGCCAUGGAGUGCCCCUGCCCGGGCAACUCGGGCAGGGACACCUGCGCUUGCUGCAUCAACGGGGGAUGCCCGUGUGCCAACGAUCCCUACCACUGCACAGAAUGUGGGACAAUCGCCGGUUGUGGAGAUGGCAAGAACACUCUACCGGACACAAUUCCCCUGGGCGUGAGUUCCGGCAGGAUUCCAGACAGCCAGAUGUCGGCUUCAUCCUACAUCGACCAUCACAUGGGCCCGCAUCGCGCCCGCCUGAACGUCCUGCCGUCCGACGCUGGGGCGGGAGGGUGGUCCCCCCUGGAGCUGAACCGGGACCAGUACCUGCAGAUCGACCUGGUCUACCCGACCAUCAUCACGGGUGUAGCCACCCAGGGCCGAGCCGGGAAUUCGGACGAGUGGGUGACGUCAUACAACCUCGCGCACAGCAUGGAUGGGAGCAACUGGAACUUCUACGGAGGGGACAGGGAAGGAGUUCGGAAUAGCAGAGGAAUGCUGUUUAAAGGCAACUCGGACUGUGACGAGAUCGUGCACCACAACUUAGAGGAGCCAGUCAACGCCCGCUAUGUCCGAUUCCUACCCCAAGAUUACUACAACCGCAUUGGCAUGCGGGUUGAGUUGUACGGCCACGAACCAGAGGUUCCGGUGGGCACAGGAGGUGGGAUCCAAAAUCUUGCAUUGUACAAGCCGGCCGAGCAGUCUAGUAUGUUUGAGCCCAUCUUUGGAGCCAGCGGUGCCGUUGAUGGCAAAGAUGACGAGGGUGUUGUCAUCACCAAAGUCCAGACUCAGCCCUGGUGGUCCGUGGAUCUCCAGGACCACUACCAGAUCUACUUUGUGGCCAUCAACAAUCCUGGAAUUAUGUUGUGUGCCGAGCCCAAGAUCUUGACCCACUUUGUGGUCCGUGUUGGUGACAACCCGGACGUCAACAACAACCCUCCCUGCUCAGCCAUCUACCGGAGGAAGGUCGAACCGGGAGAAUCUGUCCAGGUUCAGUGCCAGAGCAUAGAUGGUGUUCCGCCUGUCGGCCGUUACGUCAGCAUUCAACUGAAUCCGGACAAGCCUGAUGAGUUAACCCAUCUACAAGUAUCAGAGGUCAAAGUGUAUGGGGUCGCAAGGCCUGUUCCUGGACCCACCUGUCAGAUCAAAGAGGGCGUGCAUUACCUGGGAAUGGAGUCAGGGGAGAUUAAUGGAGCACAGAUAACUGCAAGCAUAUACUUGAAGGGUUACCAGCCUCAAAAUGCCCGCCUCAACCUGCACAACCAAGCUUGGGUGGCCGAGUGCCAUGCACCCACCCGCUCCCUGGCAAGGGGGAAGCACUACCACCUGACGAUCGACCUGCUGGCACUGACAGACGUGGAGGGCCUGCUGACGCAGGGUAGUUUGGUGCCGGAGGAGUCCUAUGUCAGCCAGUUCACCAUGGAGACUAGCGUGGAUGGGAAGCUGUUCCUGCCCUACAAAGCGGCGGAUGGCACCGUCAAGUUGUUCCAAAGCAACAUGGAUGGGACGGAUAUUGUGUGCCACCUCCUUCCUAGUCAGAUCUGUGUCCGAGCCAUCAAGAUCAUCCCCAUCUCCUGGCACCGUUGUGUUGCCAUGCGGGUAGAGCUGCUUGGUUAUAGGGUCCAACAUGUUGAGCCUGCUGAAAUGGUUCCUACAACAGAGCUGUCUGGUGGAGAAACCACUGCAGACCAAGGGACAGAUUUGGGCAAACCCUCAGCUGAUAAGCCCAACCCCUUGCCGGUCAGACCAGACAAGCCCACUCCACCUCCAGCAAAACCUGUGCCUCCUGUUGCUGACCAAGGUGAGGGUAGUGAGAAAGGAAAGCCUUCAACUCCAGUAUCCCCAGCUAACCAAGCGCCCACAGCCAAGCCAGCACUUCCCUUUGAACCAGAGGUGCCAGAAGUGACUACUUCUGGAGGUGAAUCUGGGUUGGAAUUCCCCACUGUCCGGACAACGCUGCUUGUUCCUGUUGAAGAGCCCGAGGCAUCCACCUCAAAGCCUGCUGGAGCAGAUCUAGGGGUAGCUACUGGGAAGCCAGCAGCUGAUAUUCCUAUUCCCACCCUAGCACCAAAAGCUGCUCCAGCCGUGACAACUCUUCAAAUGGAAGCUGAGACUGAGAUGCCAGAAGACAAAACAACAGUCCUUGCACCGGUCGCAGAUUCCAGCCUGGUUACCCGCACAGUUGUUGUGGAGGCUUCUACCACUGCUAAGCCGGCAUCAGCAGUUGAACCAGCAGUUACAACUGCAGAAAGUGAAACUGAGCUGGGAAUUCCUACUGUCCAGACUACACCACUUGUCCCAGAUAAAGAGCUGGAGCCAACUACACCCCAGUCUGUUGGAACAGAUCUGGGAGCAGCCACUCAAAAGCCAGCAGCCGACAAUCCCAUCCCCACCCCAGCUCCAAAAUCUGCUCCUGUGGUGACUACUGUAAAAAAUGAUGCAGAGACCAAGAUUUCAGAGGAACCCUCUUCUUAUGAAUCAAAUCAAGUCACUGCCAUGCCUGUUGAAGUAACAUCAGAACAACCAACACAAGAUAUUGUUUUGACUACGCCAGGAGAUGAGGAUGCAGGCAAACCUACAUCAGGUGAGCAGCAAGGCAAAUCCCAACCAAAGGGCCAAAAGAAGAAACAGGGAAGGAAUAAAACAAGGGAUAGGGGAAGGCAACGUGGCAAGGACAAACGUAAUAGGAAGGGAAAGGAAAAAGAAACAGAAAUUGGAGAAUCCUCAACUGAAGCCCCAAAUCAAGCUCCAGUCACUCCUGCUGUUGGACCAACCACACCUGGAAUGGAAGAGGAAGUAGAUGAGGGGAAACCUGGAGCUGAUGAGCAGCAAGAUAAACCCAAGCGUAAAGGCAAGAAGAAGAGAAAAGGAAAGGACAAGAAUAGAGCAAAGGAUAAAGGAAGUCGAAAAGGCAAGGAUAAGCCGAAAAGGAAGGGAAAGAGGAAGGGAACAGAGGUAGAGGAACCUGCAACUGAAGAGCCAAAUCAAGCUCUGACUGUACCCGCUCUUGUAACAACUUCUGAGUCUUUUGAAGCUGUUGCCUCAACAACACCUGGAAUUGAAGAAGAAGUAGAUGAGGGGAAACCUGGUGCCGAUGAGCAGCAAGAUAAACCCAAGCGUAAAGGCAAGAAGGGUGAGAAAAAGAGAAAAGGAAAGGACAAGAAUAGAGCAAAGGAUAAAGGAAGUCGAAAAGGCAAGGAUAAGCCAAAAAGGAAGGGAAAGAAGAAGGGAACAGAAGUCGAGGAACCUGCAACUGAAGAGCCAAAUCAAGCUCUGACUGUACCUGCUCUUGUAACAACUGCCGAGCCUGUUAAAGCUGUUGCCUCAACCACACCUGGAAUGGAAGAAGAAGUGGAUCAAGGGAAACCUGGAGCUGAUGAGCAGCAAGAUAAACCCAAGCGUAAAGGCAAGAAGAAGAGAAAAGGAAAGGACAAGAAUAGAGCAAAGGAUAAGGGAGGACAAAAAGGAAAGGAUAAGCCAAAACGGAAGGGAAAGAAGAAGGGAACAGAGGUAGAGGAACCUGCAACUGAAGAGCCAAAUCAAGCUGUGACUGUACCCGCUCUUGUAACAACUGCUGAGCCUGUUGAAGCUGUUGUCAUUACCUCACCAGUGGGAAGUGAAGUAGCCAGGAAACCAGCUGAUGAUGAGGGAAUUGGAAUUCCAGCUUUAGGCAAGGACAAGGGCCAAGACAAAGCCAAAGACCAACUACCCAAGACCCUGGCUACCAUCAUUGACACUGUCGAGAUCUCCUCCUUCAAGCCUGGCUACAACCCAGCCAGCGGCGACGGCUCCUGGGUGGCAGCCACCGAGGACGACAACCAGUUUUUGGACAUGACCUUUGAGGAUCCCGUGGAUAUCAGUGACCUGACCAUUGCCCCGGUGCUGACCGAUGAGGGGGAGGCAAUAGUGACGGCCCUGGAAUUGCUGUACCAGCAGGAUGGAUCUGGAGAAUUUCUUCCAGUCUCCAUGCCUGAUGGUAGAAAGAUUUUCACAUUGGACGAUGCUGAAGAAGGACCAAAUGGGAAAUUGAUUUUCAAGCUGCCAUUCACUAUUCGGACGCAGAGGAUACGCCUCCUGCCUCGGAAGUGGAAGGGCCAAAUUGGCAUGAAGAUUGUCGUUUUGGGACAAGAAACUGAACCCCGAACAUUCACCCUCGGGAACUUUAUCUCAAACAUCCGCUCAUCUUCCUAUGUCCCCGGUUACAAUCCGACAUCGGGCAAGGGGGCGUGGCUGGCAGCCAUCAGCGACAAGAAGCAGUUCCUGCAGGUUACCUUCGACUCCCCGAAGGAGAUCAAGAAGGUCCAGGUGACUCCUCUCCCGCUGGAAAAAGGGAAGGUUGCCAUGGUGACGAAGUUCAAGAUUUUCUACAGGUCCCCAAAGGAAACUGAACUUACUCUGUAUAAGUUCCCUAGUGGCAAGGAUGUGUUCAAUGUGAAAGAUGCCAGAGGGAGCAAAGAAGGUGUCCAAACAUUCAAGCUACGCCAGCCAAUCAUAGCCAAGGACCUGCGCAUAGUCCCCCUGGAGUGGAGGAACCGGAUUGGAUUCACGCUGAACCUGAUUGGGAGGAAACCAAGGGAGACACCACAAAGAGAUGAAGGAAAACCACAAAAAGACAAAGGGAAACCCAAGAAGGCCCCAAGACGCCUGAGCCCUGUGCGCCUGACCUUUGCGCCGUCCAGCAUUUACAAGGACUACAACCCCACAACAUCCAGCACCAGCCUGUGGGUGCCUGACCCCAAGGACCUCGACCCCUUUCUGAUGGUGACCUUUGACCAGGAGGUCAUCCUGACCUCCAUCCAGGCGCGGGGCAAGAAGAUCCCGAAGCUGGGAGGCGAGGGAUGGAUCAAAGAGUUCCGGCUGCAGCUCAUGGGUGGCGGUGACGACGAAUCCUGGGGUGACUACACCUUAGAGGACGGCUCCAAUAUAUUAGCCUUCGACCCGGUUGUGGACAGAGCCUAUAAGAAGACAAGUUUCAACUUUCCCGAGGACGUUAAUGUCUCCCAACUGAAGUUCUAUCCGGUGUCGUGGGAGAAAUUUGCAGCAAUCAGAAUGCAGCUGUGGGGCUACUACAAGGAGAAGAGAAGAAAACCCAAAGGAGGGCGUCGUUUGACUCUGUAUUACCUUCUCUGGAAGACCGAUGCAUCGUGGGAAGAUGCCCAAGCAUACUGCAGCAAAGACAAUGGCCAACUUGCCAAAAUCACUGAUGCUAGUGUCCAGGAUACAAUUGUCCAGAGCAUUAUUAAGAGCGGCUUCAAAGCUGACUGGUGGAUUGGUGUAACUGACAAAAAACUGGAGGGCACCUGGCUGUGCAGUGACGAUACCUCUCUGGACUACACAAACUGGAUAGGGGGUGAGAAACCAGACCUGGAUGAAAGCAAGAACUGUGCCUUCCUGCAGUAA